AAGUAGCAGAUUCAUACAGAGACGAGAGAGAGAGAGAGAGAGAGAGAGAGGAUGCCGCGGUCGUUCCUACUGAAUAAGAAAAAGAAGAAACAGGGGGCAUGUGGAGGAUGGAGGUGGAGAGACCCAGAGCAGACAGACUGGAAAGAGGACAACAGAACAGUGUGUGAGAAGGCUGAGGUGCAGUCUACAACAGUCACCUGCCCUGACUUCCCUAAACCUGUGGUUCUGCCUGAGCCAGCAACCCCCUCUUCAGUAUCAGGACUAGUACCAGGACCAUUACCAGGGGAAGGACCAGAGGUCGGGCCAGACAGGGGCCAAGAUUGGUCCAAUCUCCUGUCCCGGACCAUGGGCCAGCACCAGGGUCAUUUCUACCACCCUGCUACACUGGCAUCCCGAGCCAAGCCCCGCCCCCGUGUACCUCCCGGCUCGGGUGACUUCCUGUGUUCGGUGUGUCACAAGGUGUUUCCCCUGCAGCGCAUGUUGACGCGUCACCUCAAGUGCCACAGCAUGGUGAAGAGACACCCCUGCCGCUACUGUGGCAAGGGCUUCAACGACACCUUCGACCUCAAGAGGCACAUGCGCACACACACAGGUAUCCGUCCGUACCGUUGUGAGCUAUGUGACAAGGCCUUCACACAGCGCUGCUCCCUUGAAUCCCACCUGAGGAAGAUCCAUGGCGUGCGCCAGCAGUACGCCUACCGCCAGCGCCGCUCCAAGAUCUUUGUGUGCGAGGACUGUGGCUACACGUCCAACCGUCCAGAAGAGUACUUCCUCCACGUGCGCCAGUGCCACCCAGGCAGCCCCGCCCUGCGGCGCUACUACCGUCGCCAGGCACACGAGGGCACCAACAACGUGCCCACCGAACACAAACUCAGUCCCUUCUUGAUGUAUCCCACUGGGUACUAUGUGGGUUGAUUUAAACUCCUGGGUGAAGAUUCGCUAAUAACAUUCAAGUGUGCUAUUCGGUUUCUGCCUUAGUCAAUUCCUUCGUUGUAACCUUGCCACAGAGCAGAAACAGGCUAGUAUCAACGCUAACACAUCAAUUUUACAGUAAGGUGAAUGGACAAUAUGUUUGGGGUUAUUCCCCACCCAGUCAGUGCCUGGCCAGAAGGCCAAAAUAACAUUGAAAAUCAUCAGCAUUGGUGUGGCUAUUUUAAAAACACCGCCCCCUGGUGUCCACUUUAGGUAAUGCAGAGAGAUUAAGGAGAGGGUGUGUCUGGUCAAUAGUCAACUACGGUCAAUGUUGAUUAAAGGUAUGUUUUUGUGGAUUGGUGACUUAUCGAUGUGUCCUUCAAAAUAAAUUGUAUCCCUGGCACACAUGCCUGUCCCUCCUCUCCUUGCCACCCAUCCUCCCACCUGUACAGUUACAAUCAUCCCAUGUUAUAUUGACUUGCAUGGGGUAUUGCUGCCGCAUGUUUGACGUUUCAUUAUGAUAUUGUGUUUUAAAGAUGUGCUGCAUAAAAUACCAAAUAAAUGUU